AUUGGCUGGCUUAACAACAAUAAACACCGGCAAUUGGAGUAUAAUGAAACGUUAAUCAGACUUUGGAUUUCAUUCUUUCUGGAGCUCUUGCAUCAAUAUGUCGUACCAAGGAUACCAACAGCUCCUCGUGGAGCAACAGGGAAAGCUGCUCGUGGUUAAGUUCAACAAUCCGAAAAAGAAGAACUGCAUCAACAGGCUCACCUACCUGGAGAUGACCCGGGUUUUAACCGAGGUCAAUGACGACGAAAGUGUAAACCUAGUUGUUUUCACCGGCGUAGGUGAUAUCUUUACGGCCGGAAAUGAUUUAACCCAGUCCGCGAAGACCGACGAUAUAGACGCCUUCUUCAAACAAUCUAAUGCGACUUUCAAGGCCAUGGUGCUCAGUUUCGUGAACUGCAAGAAGAUAGUAUUUGCCCUGGUUAAUGGACCAGCCAUUGGAAUUGGAGCCACCAUUGUGGGAUUAUGCGAUGUGGCAUGGUGUUCCGAAACGACCUAUUUCUCCACCCCUUUCACGAAGUUGGGCUUAGUUCCAGAGGGUGGUUCAUCCUAUAUGUUGCCUCUCAUUCUGGGGCGUUCCAAAGCCACGGAAACCCUUCUCCUCAAUGAACCUCUUUCCGCCAAGGACGCCCUCCAGUUCAACUUCGUUUCUCGUGUCUUCAAGCCCAGUGAACUGGACACUUGGAUCUGGCCUAAGUUGCGUCAGUAUUCCGAGUUACCCACAAACUCCCUGCUACAAGGAAAACGUCUUAUAAAGGAGGGAUUCAAGGAGAAUCUCCUCAAAGCCAACGAAUCGGAGUGCAAGCAGCUACUGCUUCAGUUCCAACAUGAGGAAUUCUUUCAGGCCAUAAUGGACUUUGCCUCCCGCAAAUCCAAGUCCAAGCUGUAGAUGUUUGAAAUGUUGUUGUAUUUUUGGCAAAGCCUUAGGUUUAUUUUUAUAAAAUAAAGAUCAAAACAAGUGCAA